AUGAUCGACGCUCAGUUCGCCGCGGCCAUUGCGCCAAUAAUGCAGUUUCUGGGCAGCAUGGAGCGGCCCAAGGUCCACGACGUCGAGACGAGGCGAAAGGUGUUGGCCGGCCUCGUCCCAGCGCAAAAGCCCGCCAUCCCGGACGAGGUCCAACACUCUGCUGUCAGCAUCUCUACACCAGACGGAGCGCAGAUCCGCGUCCUCCGCUACCAAAAGAAGGGCACAAAACCUGACUCUGCUGGCCCCGCCGUCAUCCAUAUGCACGGCGGCGGCUUCAUCUCACUGAGUGCGGAUGUGGGCAUCCCCACCGUCUGCCAGUACGUGGUCGCGAGCGGAGUGCAGUUCUUCUCGGUCGACUACCGCCUCGCGCCCGAGCACCCAUACCCGACUCCACUGGAAGACUGCUGGACCGCGUUGCAAUGGGUCGUUCGCAACGCUGUCGAGUUUGGCGUCGACACUGCCCGUAUCGGUGUCAUGGGUGACAGUGCAGGUGGGGGACUCGCCGCUGCGCUCGCCAUCCUUGCGCGGGACCGUGGCCUCAGCCCGCCGCUGAAGCGACAAAUCCUUCUCUACCCGAUGCUCGACGACCGAACUGCUGUGGAGACGGAGCCCGGGGAGUUCACCGUGUGGACGCUCGAAGACAACAUCACCGGUUGGACGGCAUAUCUCGGCGACAAGGUUGGAGGAGGCGGGGUGCCCGCCACUGCUGCGCCAGCAAGGGUCGACGAUGUGAGAGGGCUUCCACCGCUGUACAUGGAUAUAGGCCAGGCCGACAUCUUUACGUUGGAGAAUCAUGCGUAUCUGGGCAAGUUCCUGGCCGCCGGGGUCGAGGCCGAGUUCCAUUUAUACCCGGGAUUGCCACACGGCUUUGACGGACUGGCGAGCCAGCACUUUGCUGCCGUAGCUCUCAACGAUAACAGAUGUCGCCAGCUCAAGAAGCUGUUCGACUGA